AUGGUAUCCUGCCACGCUGACACCUGCGGCCUUCACUCCAAGAUGACUUCAACCCGGGCGACUGCCUGGAAAAAUGUUCCAACAGGCAGGGUUCGCACGAAGGAGGUGAAAAUUCCAACACACCGGUUGAUGGGACGACCACGAGAUGUGCUGCUACACGCUGUAAUGCGGAGUUCCUAG